AUGGUGCUGAUGCUGGCGAGAGAAGAUGCUGAUGCGGGUGUCAUGGGCGUGGAGAUGAUCGAAGUGAAGGGUGGCUGCCUCCAAGUUACAUUGAAGGCCGGCGAGCACAUGAAAGCGGACCCCCGUUGCAUCGUGUCCCGAGGCGUCGGUCUAGCCCUCCGCCCGCCGGCGCCCCUGGAGAAGGAAGGAAUCCUCGGCGGGCUUAAGCAGCGCCUGCGCAAGGCGGCCCAAGGGCGACAGGACCAGCAGCAGCAGCAACAGCAUCGAGAUAACCACCGUCUGGAGAGGGUGUCGAACACGAUGGCCUCGAACGAAACGGACUGUUUUUUCGCCCCGCCGUUCCCGGGAGACGUUGCCGUUGUCUCGGUCAGCAGCGGUGGCGGAGACGAAAGCGUCGGUGAAGAAAGGCGGGAUUAUGACGAUGCCCACGGCGGCGACCGGCGCAAGGCUAGGCAACGGCAAGAGGGUAGGGGCGGGGACCGCCCUGCCGCGAGAGGCAGCAGGCACGGCUCCGACAAGCCCCGCAAGCUCGUGCUGCUGACGCAGGCGAUUGUUGCCGUCGGCCCGGGGGUUGUCGUGAAGCCCUCGCCCCUCCCAGAUGCAGGAGGAGGAGGACGGGGGGGGUCUUCGCUCUCCCGCCGACAGCAGCAGCGUGGCGGGCCUGUUGUAACGACGGGCGUUCUCUCUUUGUGUGAAGGGCAAGGACAAAUCGCGGUGGCCGGGUACGGAAAGCUAAAAAAGUUGCGGUUGAGGCCGGGGCAGAAGAGGUUGGUGGACUCCUCUCGCGCGGUGGGUUGGACCAGCGGCGUAACGUGCCUCACUGGCACCGGGGGGCGUGCCUCGGUACCCACCACAGGCAACAAUAACGGAGCCAACAGCCCUGCUGGCGCGUUUACCACGUUCGUAGGCCCCGGGACUGUUUACGUUCAGACGCACUCCCUCCCUGGUUUACGGCGGUUACUCUUGCCAAAGUCGGGAGUUUCGUUGCAAGGGGGAGUUCCUUCGGGCCUCCUGGGGACGGGGGGGAGGGGUGCGGGGGCGUUGUUCGCCCCGCGGGGAGGGCCACCAACAGUGGGCCUUUCUCUCAAGAGGGGCUUGGCGAAGCGCGCGAAGGCGGGGGCGAAGCGGGUUUCUCUGGCGGUGGCGUUCUUCGCGCUGUACCUUGUGGUUUACUCCCUGGUGACGGCGUUGCUCCUUGAGGGGAGGGACGGCCUCGCCAACGCGCCGCGGCACGCGGUGCAGGUGGUUCGCUCCCUCUCGAAGGUGGCGCGUCGUGUGGCGGUGGUGCUGGUACGGCUUGGGCGGGAGGAGCUGUGGAGAGAAGGAGAGGGCGGGGGUGUUACACCUCCGCAGAAAAGCCUUGCAGAACGAUAGUGGUAGGAGCUCGGUUUCACCGGGUGUUCUAACGGCAAGGCACACAGCGCAUGAAUGCGCCCUUGAUAGAUUUGUGAGGUGGCCUUUCCCCCUUGUUUGUGUGCCAUCCUUUAUGAAUUAGACUUGUUUUUACGACAUCACCUGGGAGUUGUUGACGGGCUUGCCGCCGCGUGGGGUUUCCGUGUUGUUUCAUGCGUGUUUGCAAGAACAAGAAAAUGAACGGUUUGGCGAGUUUUUUUUUGCGU